UUCUGUUUCACAUUUUAGAAGAGCGUCUUAUUGCCUCGCCUUUGUUGUACUAAAAUAAGUGUGUUAUAUUCUGCCCUGCCUUUAACUGAAGUAUAAUUGGUUUUUCACCGAAAAAUCAAUUUUUGAUUUGUAAAGAUUAAAGAAUACGCGAUUUGAAAUAUUGAGACGUGUAUCCAUUUCCUUUUAAUUUAUUUUGAAACCAAACUAUGAACACCAGGACAUUAACAAAAAAUUGUAAUCCUUUUAAAAAUAUUCAUUAAAGAAACUUGUGCCGAAUGCGAAUAUUUGUUGAAAUUGAAGUGUGAUUCUCAAGAAAAAAAAAAGAUAAAAAAUAUCUGAAAGAGUGAAUUUCUCAAGCACAAUAAAAAGAAGAAGAAUCAACAAUGGAUUUUGUACAAGUUGCAGAGGAUGAAGGAGAUGAACCGAUUGAGCUACCAACAGAGGAAGAUGGCACUUUAUUACAAUCAACUGUACAGGCCCAAUAUCCCGGAUCGUGUGGACUCAAAUAUCGAAAUGAAGAUACGAAAGCUGUCCGUGGAGUUCGAUUGAACGAAGGACGUUUCUUUCCACCAACUACGGAUGGUGGGUGGGGUACUCAAAUCUUUUUCUGUGUUUUUCCUAAAGAGAACAAACGAAAAAGUGAUGAUAACUUAGAAAAUUCAACAGCAAAAACAAAACGUGUUGAAUCGCGAGCACGUUGCACAGAUUUGAUUGUGCUUGGAUUGCCAUGGAAAACUACAGAAGAUAGUCUACGUGAACAUUUUGAAGAGUUCGGCGAUGUUUUAAUGGCUCAAGUAAAAAAAGACGUUGAUUCGGGUCAAUCUAAAGGAUUUGGUUUUGUUCGAUUUGCUUACUAUGAAGCACAGAAACGUGUUUUAUCGACUCGUCAUUUGAUUGAUGGCAGAUGGUGUGAAGUUAAAGUACCUAAUUCGAAGCAAGGAAUGGUGCAUCAAGUACCUUGUAAAGUAUUCGUUGGGCGUUGCACUGAAGACAUGACCGCCGAGGAUUUACGUGAAUAUUUUUCAAAGUUUGGCGAAGUAACAGAUGUAUUUAUACCAAAGCCUUUUCGCGCAUUUAGCUUUGUUACUUUUUUGGAUCCAGAUGUUGCUCAAUCCUUAUGCGGAGAAGACCAUAUCGUAAAAGGUAUAUCCGUGCAUGUUUCAAAUGCAGCACCAAAAACUGAACAAAUUCGAAAUAAUAGUGGUGGAAAUCCAGGCAAUUAUAACAACUACAAUAGAUAUGGUGGAAAUGGCAACCAUGGAGCAGCCAAUGUUCAUGGCUUAACACAACACGGACAACGUGGCACUCACAAUAAUGGCUAUGGAAGUAAUAUGAACGGAGGCAGCGGUUUAGGGGCUGGUCAUGGUCUUGGGGGUUCAAAUAACGGCGGUAUGAUGGGAAAUGGACUUAAUGGCUCUAACAUCGGCAUGUCUGGCCUGGGAAAUGGUUCCAUAGGUGGUGGUGCAAAUGGGGGUGGCUUAGUUGCAACAUCAAAUCCAACAUCAAGUAGACAAGAUAACGCUUUACAAGCAUACAACCCACCAAUUCGUGGUAGUGGUUCCGGUAAUGUUUAUAUGCAAGGUCAAGCUAUACCACCACAACAACACAAUGGAGGAUGGAAUAAUCAAAACCGUGGCAACUUGGACAUGCCCAAUUUACAAGCCUUGGGAAUAAAUCCACAAGGUCAAAAUCCAUCUAAUCAAGGGCAAAGUCUUAAUAAUCCCCUUGGAGUCGGAUUAAAUUUGAAUCAGAUUUCCAUGAAUCCAGCUAUAGUUGCAGCUGCUCUUAAUCAAUGGGGUCUAAUUGGCAAUCUACAGAAUCAGUCACAAGACCAAGGAUUUGGCGGUGGUGGUGGGCAGAAUAGCCAGAGUGGGGCUGGAAAUCAAGGAAGUUUUUUAUCAUGGAUGACACAAGGUGGUGGUGGAAAUAGUAGUAGCGGACAAAGCUCAACGACUGCUGCUGUUAGUAACGAUACGCAGCAGGUAAGAAGCAGAAACGUCAUCUAAUGAAUUAUAAUGGAAAUCAUCAGAGUUGGCCACGGAAAAAUAAUACAUCAAAUACAGACGUGCAGGAUCAAAAACCUAAUAUGAUAUGAGUUUCCCUAAGGACGAUGUACUUCAGUUUUUAUUAUCAAAACUUUCUGGCUUUUUUAUCAUAAAAUGUUUUACAUGAUUUCUAGAAUUUAACAAAACAUAAUUAAAAGUGAAAUAUGUAUAAUAGAAUAUUGGAUACUUUUUAAAGUCUUCAAAACUACUUUUUUUUUUUAAUUUUGAAGUACAACAGUUUUUCUUUUCUCAUAUUUUCUAUGAGUAAAUUCUUCAAGGAAAAUAAAUAUUUUCCUAGUUAAAAUAAGCUUAACAUUGUAUGGUUUCGUUCAAAAAUUUCUUAAAUGUCAUAUAAUAAUACAUUUUAAAUUUGUAUCGAGUGGUUCGCAGUAGAUUAUCUCUUUUUUUAUGAUAGGUGCAAGAUAGGAAAUAAUGCACUAUACAGUGAAUCCAGUUUUGCAAAUCUUACAGUUGGAAAAUCUUACAAAUGUCGGUAACUUAAAAAAAUUAACAUGCAACUUUUUAAAAUACUAAUUAAUAUGAAGAGAGAGAAUUAAAUCAGUUAAUUACUUAUGACAAGCACAUCUUAAGUUGCAAAAAAAAAUGUUAUACAUUCUGGUUGAUAAUGAUGAUGAAUUAACUUAAUAAUGUUCUUGAUUGAAAAGAAAUUUAAAUUCCCUAAAUAAUGUUCUUGGAAAUAAACUUAAGUAUAUAACUACAAAA